UCUGACGCGCGUCGGGCGGCCGAGCGCGCGGCGCGCUGAUUAAAGCCGCUGCGCCGGGAGACCCGCCUGCGUCGGCGGCCGCGGGCAUAAGAAGCGGGCCACCGCGGUCCACUUGGAGCGGCACCACCUGCGUCCCGCGACCCUGCUGCGCUCGGCGAGGGACACACGGGCCGGCCGGAUACGGACCCGGGCACGCGGACCAGGGCGCACGGAGCCGGGCGCACGCGGACCAGGGCGCAUUGGCACCCGGGGAAUCGGACAGGGGCGCGUUCAGACCCGGGAGCCCCCGAACCAGGACUCACUUGAACCCGGGGACUCGCGGACCCCGGCGCACUGGAACCCAGGCACUCGGACCCAGGCGCACCCCGAUCCAGGCGCGCGGACCCAGCCCGGCCGACGGCACAGAGUUCCUGCGGGCGCAGGUGGCGGCGUGAGCCCAGGCCCAAAGCCAGAGCGGAGGAGAAAGUUGCGCGGCGCGGCCUUGGUGGCCCAGGGGACCCGGGGACCCGCGCGCCCUCUGUCCCCCGCGGCGGGGCCAUGCGCGCGCCCGGGCGGCCCCUGCUCCUCGGGCUGCUGCUUGUAUUGGGUACGGCGGGGCCGGGGCGGGGGCGCACGCAACCCCGGGGCUCCGCGGACCGGCGCGCGCUGUUGCGGCUGCUGCUGGCUGAGCUGGCCCAGGAGCUGCGCAAGUCGCACCCUAACGAGGCCAAGCGGCUGCAGCUGCUCGGCCAGCAGGACCUCGCCCUCGGCCGCAGGGAGGCAGCCGACUACGGGGCGGACCCAGAGGAGCAGAGAGUGGAAAUCGUCCCUCGAGACCUCAGGAUGAAGGACAAGUUUCUGAAGCAUCUCACAGGUCCUCUCUACUUCAGCCCCAAGUGCAGCAAACACUUCCACAGGCUAUACCACAACACCCGAGACUGCACCAUCCCGGCAUACUAUAAAAGAUGUGCGAGGCUUCUUACCCGGCUGGCUGUCAGUCCCAUGUGCAUGGAGGGAUGAGCUGUGAUGGAGCACAUGCCAGGAGCCCUGAGAAGUGCCUUGACUACCCGGAGACAGGACUCUGCACAUCCACCCUGUGGACAGAGAUUUAUUUUUGCAGACAGACUCCUCCAAAAUUCCUUUGAAUUUGUAUGUUGUUGACACUGUUUGCAACUAAACGUUCAGUCAUCAUACCCAACAAUGAUACCUGCCACUCUUUAUUAAAAAACUGAGAACACUCCACAUCUGACGUAUAGUGCUAUAAAAUAAGAGUACUUCGUUUUCCUGAUUAGGUGAAAUCACAAAAUACUUCUUUAGAAACACAGGCAGAAUCUUAAAACUAUAUUUUCAUAUAGUAUAUGAUAUGAUUUGAUAUUUUGUAUUACUUUUACAAUUAAACUCCCAGAGUAUUAUGUGGAACUGCAUGAAAAAUUUCAAAGAAAAAAGUUCAGUCAUAUUUUGCAGACAGUAGAGUAUGAAUCGGUGCACACACCCAUCGGUCCCAUUUGUCCUUUGUAUAAUAAAUGUAAAAUAGCAUUCCAGCUAUUGUGCAAUACGUAAAUACUGUAAAUAAGUACAAAUAAUAAAUGAAGUAUUUGUUAUAAUCAA